AUGAACAGUUAUUUUACAGAUUUUGAGUCAACAACGAAAUUUGAUUGGAUUGCACGAAUUCGAGUUCUACUGCAAAAUUCCAAUGGUGAAGCAAUUAGUUUCGAUAAACUUAAAAAAGAAUUAAGUGGACAAAAAUUCAAUUCUAGAUCAAAACCUGAAUCAGAUAAAUCAACAAAAGAACUAACAAUUGAAUUGGAAAACAAAUUAGCUAAAGCACCAUUUAUUACACGACUCGGCAACGAUAUUUACUAUCUUUAUUAUUUUAAAAAUGAAAAGAUUAAUUCCUAUCGAUAA